GUAAAGAGGACACCCCCACGCUUAAUUAAUGUGAUCAACUGUUUAUUAAAAUCAAUCCCUUUGUUUCAUCUUUCAUCUCCCACAGCAACAACUUGCAAUUCUCUUCUUCCUUCCACCAUGGUUCAGAGGAAAGCACCAGACAAGCCAAAAGCUCCAAUUGAACACAAGGAGAGCCAUGGCAGACUAGACAGACAAUUCUCUUCUCAUCUGCAACAAGAUACAAGAGCCAGGAGUGGAGCUGAUCACAAGAAAAAGCUCAUGAAGGUAAAAUCCAUUAAAGUUUCUGAUUUGGAUAGCUUCGAAGGCAGGAAGACCUCUUCUAUUCCAAUCAGAAACUACAUGAAAUCGACCAGCAGUUCAGAUGCAAGGAAAGAGAAGUUGCAGGUAACGGUCAAUUCUCCUGUUGGUAAUUAUAAGAAGAAAAGUACUCCAAGAAGCUCGAAGAAAUCGAAUGCCUCUUCUGUUGGUUUUUCUUCUCCUAGAGCUGUGAAGGCACUGAGUAGACAGUCCAGUCUGAAACCAGUGAAAUCUUCAAUGAAGAAGUGCUCGGUGGUCGCUUUGUGUGCCAAGAAGAAUGUGAACAGGGCCACCUGCUCAUCAACUUUGAAAGAUUCGAAGUUUCCUUCAGCUUUAGAGCUCAAUCAUGGCGCAACUGAAGCCGAGGGAACUUCGAAGAUAAGAGUCUGCCCUUAUACUUAUUGCUCCCUUAACGGUCAUAUUCAUGAGCCUUUGCCUCCUCUCAAGUGCUUCAUUUCUGCAAGGAGGAAGCUGCUCAAGACCCAGAGAAGUUUGAAAGUGAAGGGGCUGCUUUCAUUUAAAACUAGUCUGUUACAGAAGGAAAGGAAGAUGAUUGAUGAUGAGCUAGAAGAUGAAAUAAGUAAGAAUCCAUCUGAUUUAUUUGUUGAGAUUAUUACCAUGCCUCAAGAAGAAACCGUAGGGGAGUACAACUACGAUGAAAUUAGCAUCAUAGAUGAGAAAUAUCAUGAACAGUGUAUGCCUCAGUUUAAGGAAUAUUCAGAUAUGAGCUUUGAUCAGAACAGUGAAUUUUCACAAGAUGAAAUGGAUGAUGUCAUGAUGAACUUCCUUGAAUAUGUGGAGCUUGAUCAUGGCAGAACAACAGCUAAGAAAGACUAUGAGGAAGAUGGUGAAAUCAGGAAGCCCGAAAUCAAAACUAUUGAUAUGAAUUGGGAAGAAGAAAUAUGUUCCUUUCCUGAUAACACCCAGAUGUCAGAAUGCCCUGAUGAACAGUUUUCUGCAGAUGAUGAUUCAGAAAGUGAGGAGCGGAAUUCACAAGUGUUUGAGAAGGAAGAUUCCAACAUCCCUGAGUUCAAUUCUCAAUCUAUCGACGAUGAUGUUCAGAAGCUUUCAUCAAAGACAACUAAUUGCCAAUCAGAUGAUAUCAUAUUGGAAGAUGAAGCUAAAAAUCCAGAGAGAGAGCUGCAGGAGGAUUCAAAAGGAACAGAUAGAAAUAUAUUGAAUGUUUCUGCAAUAGAUUACAAUGAAAUUGAUGGUGCUUUAAGCUCAAGAUGGAGUAUCACAAAAAAGAAAACAACUGAGGAAUUUGAGCAAGUUAAGGAAUUCAACCCACGGCCGCCGAAUUUUCUCCCUUUAGAGCCUGAUCCAGAAGCAGAAAAAGUAGAUCUUAGGCACCAAACAAUGGAUGGGAGAAGGAAUUCAGAGGAAUGGAUGAUAGAUUAUGCUCUUCAACAGGCUGUAACAAGGUUAGGUCCUGCUAGGAAGAAGAAGGUAGCACUGCUCGUCGAAGCCUUUGAAACCGUGGUUCCAUUGCCUAUGUGUGAAAAACCUCUGAGCCAUGGCACAACAACCUUCAAUCACCUGAGUUUUGUUCAAGCAUGCAAUUAGCACUCUCAGGGUUAACUGUUACAUAGAGCAAUUAUGCACUGAUUGAGUGAGAUUUAGGUGAUAGAAAUCUUUAAUAGUGGGGAUAAAGAAAGAAUCCCUGGGCCAAGAAUGUAGUACUGAUAUUUAAUAGCGUGUUCUUUAUCUGCAUGAACAAUUCUAUUCUGCUUGUAAAAAAAAGGUUUGUAUGGUGACUUUAUAGAUGAUAUGAACUAUUUAAACUACAUCUGCUUAUAUGUA